AUGGUGCGUCCCCGCAACCUGCGACCCCUGCCGCUAGUGGUCCUGCUGCUGCCGUUGCUGCUGGCGCUUGGAGCUGGAGAGCCCCUUCCCACUGAGAGCCGGUUCCUAAACAGCUGUCUCCAAGCCAAGAAGAAGUGCCAGGCCAAUCCUGCUUGUAAGACUGCCUACCAACACCUUGGGUCCUGCACCUCCAAUCCAAGCACCCUGCUACCCUCAGAGGAGCCUCCCAUCCCUGCAGACUGCCUAGAAGCAGUGCAGCAACUGAAGAAUAGCUCUCUGUUAGGCUGCUCAUGUCACCGGCGCAUGAAGCAUCAAACUGCCUGCCUGGACAUCUAUUGGACCGUUCACUCUGCCCGCAGCCCUGGUGACUAUGAGCUGGAUGUCUCCCCCUACGAUGACACGGUGACCAUCAAACCCUGGAAAAUGAAUCUCAGCAAACUGGACAUGCUCAAACCAGACUCAGACCUCUGCCUCAAGUUUGCCGUGCUGUGUACUAUGAAUGACAAAUGUGAACGACUGCGCAAAGCCUAUGGGGAGGCAUGUUCUGGUUCUCAUUGCCAACGACUCGUCUGCCUGGAGCAGCUGCGCACCUUUUUCGAGAAGGCGGCCGAGCCGUAUGCCCAAGGCCUGCUGCUGUGCCCGUGUGCGCCCACUGACCUGGGCUGUGGAGAGCGCCGCCGCAACACCAUCGCCCCCAGCUGUGCGCUCCCAAGUGUGGCUACCAACUGCCUGGAGCUGCGUCGCCUCUGCCUUUCAGACUCACUGUGCAGGUCACGCCUGGCAGAUUUCCAGACCCACUGCCAUCCCAUGGAUAUCCUAGGGACCUGUGCAACAGAGCAAUCUAAAUGUCUGCGAGCAUACCUGGGGCUGAUUGGGACUGCCAUGACCCCCAACUUUGUCAGCAACAUUAAUACCAGUGUUGCCUUGAACUGCACCUGCCGUGGCAGUGGCAACCUGCAGGAUGAAUGUGAGCGUCUGGAAGCUUCCUUUUCCCACAACCCCUGUCUCAUAAAGGCUAUGGCAGCCAAGAUGCGUUUUCACAGCCAGAUCUUCUCCCAGAACUGGGUGGACUCCACCCUUACCGUGAUGGAACGCCAGAAUCAAAGCUCUGUUCUGCAGCCGCAGUCCUGGGUGGCUCUUCUGUUUUGUACCCUUGCCAUGAUUCUGCUCCUGAGCCUCUGGUAGUUGGACUUUCCUGAGAACCCUCUUUCCCUCCAACACACCCAACCAGACUUGUAGCCUGCAAGAAUGAGCAAAGGACAGGAAAGAGGGGCUGAGCACAGCGGUGCAGCCCUGACCUACCCAGCACGUCCAGCUGACUUUGUAGUCGAAAUAGGGACUAUACCUGAUCCCCAGCUCUUCAUUAUUGGCUGGUGCUCAUGUCUCCCUCCUUUUCUCCCUCCCCUACCCCCUGCUCCAACUUCUGACUGUCUUCAGGUAGUAACCAGCUCCUAAUUCCCACCACGAUUACCUGAAGUUUGACAAGGUAGUCAUUUCUAUUUCAGCUUCCACUUGAGUAGGGCCAGGUGUUCUGAGGCAGCCUAGAAAGAUAGUCCCCAUAGUGAGGAAGCCUAGAGCAGGAUUCCUGUGCCCUGGUCUCCUCCUGUGAGUGGGAAUGGCUAGGAACCCACUUCCUGCACUGCCCUGUCUCAAGAGUCCUACAGA